UGCGUUUCUUAAAGUACAUUAUUGAGGAGAUGAUAUGUUGCCUGAUGGAUUUCUGUUGUCGGGAGAUAGCGCUCUCAAUGGUCUUCCGCAUCUCUCGAAAUUGGUGAAAGAAUUGCUUGGUAAGAAGAUCAAGAGGAUUGUUGAGCGAGAAGCAGCAAAAAAGGAUAUCGGCACUAUAGUGUCGAACUGCUUGCCUUUCUACGUUACCGGUUCUGCUAAUGACGUGUAUCCUCUUCACCUCUUGAUAAAGGACCUGUGUUCGCUUGCUUUGAUCGAGGUCGAUGAAAAUUCUCAGAAACUUGACAAAAACACAUCAUCUUGGAAAACGCAGAGUUUGGAAACAGCAAUAAGCGUGCUGAGUAAAACGUGUCAUGAGCGCAUUCUUGACGACUAUGAUGAUCUAUUGCUAUUUAUUGUGAAUGUGGUUGAAUCGUCUUUCGCACAGUCUCAAAGAUGGAUCGAAGAUGACCUAGCUACUCUUUUGGUCAGGUUCAUGUCUACCUCCACAUCUCUUAUCUCUUUCGAUUCACUAAAAGCCCUCUGGUCCUUCAUUUGGCGCCGCAUACCACUCGUGUUAGAGAUGACCAUGAAGUCGUUUGGCAAUUAUAUACGGGUUGCUCGUUACAUUCUCGAAGAUAGCUGCAAAUGCGCUAUGAUCAUGGCCGGGAAUGGUCACGAGUGCAUUGUGGACGUCGUUGAAAAGCUCUUUUCUGGAAUAGAGAAAAAGCUCGACUCAAGAUGGACUGCCCAUGCUGAACCAUUGCUCGAUUUGCUAUCAAUGCUCAUCGACGUUUGGGGUGUCGAAUGCAGAGAAGUACUACUCCAUCACUGUAUUCCAUUCGCUGCUCUACUUGUUGAAAACCUCGAUAUUUCUGCGAGCACUUCAAAUAGAAGUGAAUGGAAUUUUUUUGACCGCUUGUUCCAUCUUGCUAUUCCUGACUGCAGAUUGUGCUCUCUGGUAUCUAGCGAUGCAUGCUCUCUUGCACAAAGCGCCUUGAAUGUCUUACGCAACACUCUUCUUUCACAUUCGCAAAGCAACGAAUUUCAACUUAGAAAUGAUGACAUCCCUUUGUUUUCACGGCUGAUUGUCACAGUUCACACAAUUACUUCAAAUUCCCAAAAUUCCUUGACCGCUACGCUAAAUACGUACACUCAGCGCGCGAAGCGAAGGAGAGAGGACAAUGUACUGGAAAUGAUAACCGAAUGGAAUUAUGUUGAUGGGGUCGACUACAGUAAUCGUCCACACUAUGUCUUCUCUUGCCUUAGUCUUGGAUGUGAGAUCACAGAACGAUGGUCACAUCGCAUAGAUAUGCACCAUUUUGUCCAUAUGGCAACUCGCAUCUGGGACCUGAGGUCUCGCAUCGAAUUAGAAUGGCAGCUUUCACCUUACUGCCAGCUUCUCAACAAUUUGAUAAAGCUGGGGGCUUUUGAUGAACUGUGCGAUCUCGAAUCUGAUAACGGAGAGGACACUGCGAAAGAUAUUUGGAAGUUUGCGUUGUCCUCGGCGCAUACAGCGGGCAGUUUCGAUACUGCUUGUUCACUGAUAAUGUCAAUUUUACAGCGAUUUCACGGCUCAUUGGGAACUGACGAUGAUCUCACAGAGGCAGUAUGUGAUGUUCUAUCGCGAAGUGCCUCAUCGCAUGGCUCUCCGCUUUAUGCUUUAGUUAUCCAUAUAUUGGCUGAAUUGGAGUUCGAUGAGCUGAGAGCAUUUCCCGGCGUUAGCGAUAAGAGAAGAGGAAUCGAGUGCUGGAAGUUUCGAUGCCAGUUGGCUGAAUGGCUCAUUACUCACAGUGAGUCUGAUAGUACUGUAGCGGAGCCUCUCAGCGUAAUUUGCCAGCUUCACCCACAAAAAAUCUCAUCAGUUUUGAAUAGCACUGAAAAGUCUGGGAUCGAGCAGGAUCUGAAGCGCUUUGGUUUAUCCGGGUCUGAUCUCAGUGAACCGAUACCAUCCGAUGUUCCACUUGUAUUAGUUCCCGACCUGAUACGUUAUAUCUCCAAGCUUUAUGAAGAGUACUGGUUGAAAAAUGAUCUCACACCAAAAAUGCGGGUUUCCCUGUGGUGCUCUUUUCUUAUGUUUCUAUCCAAAUUCGAGGAGCCACUGCAUUUGAACUGCGAUGAACUCAUCAGCAAGAUGGAGCAGUUUAUCGGUAAUUUGAUUGUAAACGCGGAAUUGGAUCUACUAUCGUUUGUGAAUCUGAGAGGAGUUCGCUCUCAUUUCAUAUCUGUGGAAGUUCUCCAGCUUUUAUCAUCUCGGAUUUCUGAUUGUCCAAAACUUGGUAUAUAUCUGAUGACACAUCAAGCGAAACUCAGUGUUUCCGCCGACACGCUUAGAAGCCUGAUGCGACAUGUUGCAAAUGACCCUAGUAUUCGUGAAGACUUGGAAGUGCGUGCAGCUGCUGGUGAUUUGCUCGAGAGUUUUACGACAGACGUGUGCACAGUGCCGGACUUGCUCGUCUUAUUGGAUGAAUCUGCACAAGCCAUCGACGAAAUGUCGCGAUAUCGUCUUGAAGAGAAAAUAUCGAAAAUCAUAGAAGAGGAUUUGUCUGCGGAAGAAUACAGCAUAGAAGAAGCGCAGGCUUAUCGUAAUCUUUUGCAAGAGUACAUGUUGAAGUGGUCUGAGGCCGGGUGCUGCGAUCGCUUGGACCUGAACUCUGUGAGCGCCUGCAGUGUAAUUCGCUACAUGGAAUCUGUGCCUUCUUCUCUGAUAGACUGGAAAUUGCUGUCCAAGUUGAUAGAGGGCGCCAAAAACAACGUCGUUUUACUCUCAAAAGUCGUGAAACACGUAACAGAUGAUCCUUCUCUAUUCCACCUUUGUUCUUCUGUUCUUGGUGCGGUUCUUGGAAUCGAAGGUGUUGUUGAGACCUUGGAACAGAUGAUCCCAGAUUUUGCGUUGAUAUUGGAUUGUCACCACACAUCUAUCAGGCUUACCCAGCCACGUUCUAAACCUGUGGUGUACUUGAAAGUUGACUCCUCGCUUCGCUGUGACCAGCUUGUUGAAAGCUUUCUGUCUGGAAAGGAGGAUUCAGUGACUACAGAGCAAAUCACCACUACUUUGUUAUCGCACAUGAACCAACAACACGAAGCCUUUUUCGCUCGAGUGUUUUGGAACAGGCUGGAUAGUAAUACAUAUGCUCUUUUGACGAGUUUCUGGAAAGCUGCUGAACUAUGUGUGAGACGAAAAACUCAGUUGCUACUGCUUCACAAUAUUCAAGUUCUUCUCGAUUAUCGCCGCUCACUGAUGCCAUCCAGCGAACAUGAAUUUCAAAUCACGUUGUAUUCUGUAAUUUCCACUAUGCUUCAUCAAGCGGUGCGCAGUCAGCCCAAAGUGCUCGAUCAAAUUCUUCGUCUGGUCGCCGAGUUGGACAGCUUUUCCUCUGCAGAACUUCUACUUUUGCAGUACAGUGUGAUCGGUGAUGUGAAUGAUGUUUCUUCUGCCGCAAAAGAGCUCUUUGACCUUUGUGUUGAAGAUCUUUGUACAAGAGGAACAGUUUCGGACAUUCGAGUCUUUCACUGUGCUCAAUUCUGGAGAGCUCUGCGCUCCGCAUUAUCAUCGAAAGUCAAACAGAUCAGCGAAUCAACAAAGAACAAUAUUUUGUCAUAUGCAUUGCUGAUGUGGGACAUUUCCUCCUCUAGUCGUCGAUAUGUUGCUCCAGUCUUGUCGCUAUGUAUGAGUCCCAGUCUAGUACCUGGUAGAAAGCUGGACUGCGACCAAGCUGUCCAUGUUGCUUACGACUAUUGUCGUCUUGUUCUGAGUGAUCCAAGGUUGGACUCAUUAGAUGUAUUCCGCAGUUGUCUGCACAUACUCUCCUGCAAGGCUUUCAGAGGUCGCUAUCUCUACUUCGCCGACGAGGUCGAACAUAAGUCUCAUAGCGUUGACGACAUCAUUUCAAAGUGGAUCGUGCCGCUGUACAAUGAACUUCUGCCCUCAUCAGAAAACAUGAACGAUUUUGAUUCGUCAGAUACUGGCGUUGAAGAGCAGGAUCCGAUUGGAAUCUUACUGCACACAAUCGGCAAACAUGCGUGUUGCAUUCCUAAGCUCUGCUUGAUGAUGCUGCCACAUGAAUUAGCUCUGCAUGGCACUCUCCCAGAUAAAGUCAUCGAAUCCGUGUUCGAUUUUGCGGUUGUGGCUAUUCAAUCAGCUGGAUCUUCCAACAGUGCGAAGUGGUUACGAAUUGCACGAUGUCUGGCGGAGUGCAUCGAUGGCAUAGGUCUUUACCGUCUUACUCGAACAAAACUAGAUUAUCAGCGCUACUACGACGGCAUGUGCGCACUUAUAAAGUGCUGCUUGUUGUGUGAUCUUCCCAAUCAUGCCUUCGCCGUUGCUAAUGUGCUGUAUAAUACAAUUUUAUGUCAUCGAAAAAUGCGUCACCUAGCCGCUUUCGAUGGAACAGCUAUCGACGACGCCCGCUUUUCAGAUCUUCUCAAACAGAUUUACAUUGCGUGUGAAUCUGUGUCAGGACUAAAAACGUUGCCGAUAGAAGUGCAAAGCGAUGAGAUGGUUCGUGUGCAGUUUUCUAAAGCCAGACAUGAUUGGCUCGAUGUGAUCUCAAGUCAAAAAGCGUCUUUGCAUGAUCUGAUGGAUGCAUAUUAUUAUUGUGGUAUUAACUACAAUGGAGACGUUCGCGACUUGAGAUAUGCUUUAGCAAUCCGGAAUAAUAAUUGGAGCACCGUUAGUUAUCCGAAGAAGGUACUGUCUCAUCAAGAACGUCUUUUUGUUUUCUUACACUCACUCCGCCACGGAUCUUCAACCUCUAAUAAACUGAAAGCAUUUUUAGAGAAUAUUGAAUGUCAAAGCAUUGCAAACGAGGAGAUACCAAAUUUCUCUGCGCUCAACGAAUUUAAUGACUUCUCUGUGAUGGAUCUCAAAUGUUCACUAACAGCUGAUGGCUUGGAGGCGCUAUCAAGUGACCGUCUAAUUCUGUACCUUGCUUAUCUCCUACAACCGAACGUCUGGGAUGGCAAAGCGGAAUCACAACGAGAUCUCCGUAAUGCCAUGACAGAACUCUUCAAUAGGCUCAUUUCUAUAAAAGCAUACACGCCAUGCUUCUCGCUUUUGAAAAAAUGCUGCGGAAGUUGGGUCACUGUUGAAAAAUGUAGGUUGCUGAUUGCAAAAGGAGAUGAGAACACGGCGGAACAUCUGCUGCGUUCCUUUCUUCACUCUGGUGCGAAUGUCGAGCCUGAGACCGAAAUUGAUGCACGUUGUUUGCUGGCGGAGCUUCUUGCUGGUCCUAAGAAUAUGCUAGACCAAGCUGUUGUCCUCUUACAAGAUGCACUUGAUAAAUUUGACAAGUCAAACAUCUCAUCUGAGUCGCGCUUACGAUAUUUUGCUCUACUUCAUCGGCUCACUGCUCGCCAGCUCUCUGGCAUCGAAGAACAUAUGGAAUCGAGAGCAUUCCGUAUGAGGAAGGAUGCCAUUCGCGAAUGGAGCAAACAGCAUGAGCAAGCUUCACAAAGAACACCGACACUUGCUUCUCGACGUAUUGAAUGCGAACUCAGAUGCGAAAAAGAAGUUGUGGAAACGAUUGAGAAGAAAUUGGUUGUUGCAGCUGUGGCCACAGUAUCUGCCGGUUUGGAAGCAUUAAAACUCAUGUCGGAACCCUACAAAAAGCAACCACAUCAGCCAAGGCAUAAAAGCGAUGCAAUCUAUAGGCACAUCUUUCCGCUAAUCGACGUUAUAUUCCGCUUUGAUAAUAACGAAGAUGUCGUGAGAGAACUCAAGAUGUACGUAGCCAGCGGUAUGGUGCCAGCUGUCUGGGUUCAGAUAGUGAACCAUCUCGUCGGUCAUUGCUUUGCUAAUAGUGUUCUUGCACCUGUAAUUAGAACGAUGGUCGUGAAGCUGAUCAUGGCGUACCCAUAUCACACACUUCAUAGUGUCCUCCUUUAUAAGUUCGACGAAAAUCGUGCUCCAGUCGUGGAAAAUAUGCUGAAAGAGGCGGAACGUCGAUUAGUUGAUGAGGCAGAACGCGUGCGAUUUCGCGAAGUUAUCGACGACAUGACUGUAGCACACGUUGCUUAUUUGCAGUUCACAGCUGCAAAGAUAAGCGAUGCUCGUCUUUUUAAGAAGCGAGGAGAUUCAGCAGUGUACGACAUGCAAGAAAAUGUUUCGAUUCUGAGACAAGCUAAGAUUCUGAAACGUGUCCCGCUACCAAUUGUUGAGCAGAAGAUCUGUUUCCCAAAAGAUUAUUCUGGCGAUGAUUUGAUCAAGUGGGAAUCUAUAGAAAGGGAGUGCAUACAGGCUGAUGGAAUAUCGGCACCAAAAGUGACUAGAGUUAAAGGGAGCGACGGAAAGUCAUACAAAAUUAUCUGGAAGAAUGAUGAUGUUAGACAAGAUUGUUUGGUCGAGCAGCUAUUUUCUAUUGUCAACAGCAUCCUGAAUAACGAUGAAGAAGAAGCUUUUCUUCGCACUUACAAGGUUGUUCCACUUGACUCAAAAUGUGGGAUGAUUGAAUUCUGCCAAGGAACCACCUCGCUAAAGCAGAUCCUGUGCGGAAACAACCUUCUUGGUGGCCUUCAUGUUUCGGAGCAGCCUCAGGAUGAUACACCUCUCAAGAUGCGAAAUAAGUUGAAGGGAUUAGCGAAGUGUCAUGUCAAACAAGCUUCUGCAGUCUUCCGCGAAGCCUGUGCUCAGUUUCAACCAGUUUUUAGACAUUUCUUUUACCGUGAGUAUCCGCUUGUUUCUGACUGGACUAGGAUGAUUCGCAACUAUCGACAGAGCUUAGCUCAGUGGAGCAUAGUAACAUACGUAGUAGGACUUGGAGACCGGCAUCUCAGCAAUGUGUUGUUUGAGCUCGGUACCUGUAAAUUAGUUCACAUUGAUCUUGGAAUGAUAUUAGAGUAUAGCAAGAGAACUCUACCUAUACCCGAAAGAGUGCCCUUCCGCUUGACCCGGGAUCUUUUGGAUCCGCUGCUCAUAGAAGGAACAGAUGGGAGGUUUGCUGAAGAAUGCGUGCAUGCCAUGCAGUUACUGCGCGAUAAUGCUCAUGUCAUUCUGGGAUUAGCUUCUGUUUUGCUUCGUGAGACCAUCUCGAACUUUGAAGAGGUCAAUCCGACCAAUGGUGACAGACCGUCGUUUGUGGCAAAGACUGCACUCGCUAGGCUGCGAGACAAACUAAAGGGAACCGAUGAUUCUUUCGUUCAGCAGGACGUGCAACACCAGGUGCGUCGCCUACUUUCCGAGGCAACGAGCGUGGACAACAUCAGUCGCAUGUUUAUUGGCUGGAUGGGCUUUGUUUGAGUUCUCGGAUCUGAUUAUCUGUACUUUUCACAUCGUGCAUUCAACGUCUUACUUCUUUUCUGUAACUUGCAGACGAUUGUUCGUCGAUUAGCUUUGUAGGUCUUGCUCAUAGCAGUCAUAGCACUUCUCAGUUUGUUCAGGCUGCUCAACUUCUCAAGCAUCGAUAUCAGUUCUGUGUUCAUAUGUCUUUCCUUUCUUGCUCUACUUUUUUUUGGAUCGCUUUUUUCCGAUGCAUGUAAUCUGUUGAUGUUUGUUGUGUAACGUAAUAAGGCAUGAGAAAUUUUUCAUAUACACUUCGAUUUUGUUGUAGUUUUGCACUGCUCAUAUGAUGAACAAUUUUUCAGUGAUUGAAAUUGUCACAGAUUGCGCGGUUUUUCUGAUAAAAAGACAC